AUGACUCAUGAAGACCUGGUGCAUCAGAAGUUUUUACUAGACAUUCUCCAACACGUCAAUGAGCCCAUCAACAACGACGAAGAACUCCCACAAAUUUCAGAAUUUCAAUUGGAACAGCUUGUGGGCGAUCAGCAACUUUAUGACGGGGGCAUCGAUAACCAAAUGGCCAAUGUGAUCGAAAUGAGUCAUAGCCAAGAGUUAUUGAGCAAAGAAGAAGUGUUCAAUAUAGCCAAUGAUGAACAUAUGCAUCAAAUGGUUGGGCUGUAUCGCCUUUUCGUCCGUUCUCGCGACUGGAAUACUCUACAGCGAAAUAUACUCCACGCUCGCAUUCAUGUGAAUGGUGUUCUCCUGGUCAACUCACUGCUCUUAGCCAUCAGAGAUCGAGAUGAUUCUCAGAACUUGCUUAUACCUGGUAUACAUGAAAUUUUACCCGAACUUUAUCUAAACGAAGCUGUAGUCCAGGGUACUGGAGACAUUGAUUUGAAUCAGUGGACUAAUUCUCGCCCGAAUAUAGAAACUGAUCACACGAGCAUACUAGAAAUGAUUGGAAGAAAUAAACUUUUGAACAGAAAAACUCAUAGAGUGGGUUCAAUGGACUGGAAACAGUUAUGGAUGCCGUGGCAUGAAAUGCGAAUGCAGAUUAAAGCGCAAAAAGUUGGUGGUGUGAACGUUCCCAAGCGCAUUUGGAUUCGUGAUGACGAUCGUAUUGUCUUGCCAGUAAUACCGCCGAUAAAUCUUGUAAGUAAGGAAAGAGAGAUUCGACUACUUACAGAAGAUGUUGGUUUUCAAUCGUUUUUGCACUUCUUUAUUAAUGAUUUGUGUAUAAAUGAGAACGAAGUAAUGAAACAAAACAGACAGCAACCAGCCAUGGGAUUAAAUAAUGCUAACUUGGCACGAAUUGGCUUGGAAAGAAACGUAGGAUCGAUUUUAGAAAAUGAAAUUCGGCAUCACAAUGACGAAGUUAACGAUGAAUCUAUGAGAAAUACCGACACUGUGAUCACCAAUACCAGAAAAGACCAAGUUUUAAACAUUGGCAGUCGUAGGUGGUCCAAAACGAAUGCCGACAUCAAUACGCUUGGUAGCGCUAAUUCGGCAAAAGGAGUCAUGAAUCAUGAACAAGUAACUGACGAUCAAUCUUCCAACCCUCGCUGGCAGCAACAGGUAUCGUCAUUAUCGGGCGACAUUAGAGAUCGAUUUGUAGGAGCCCAACCUCCUACAAUGGUCAUUGACGACGUUAAUGAGCGUCAAGUCUUCAAUACUAAUAUGAAUAGCAAAGAUGAACGCAAAUCGAGCCUGGACAUGGAUGUCGGUAUGGGAAUGCCAAUGGACUGGAACAGACAAAUGGCUAUGCAUCGACAAAGGGUUAACCAUGUUCAGAAGACUAAAUUGGACAAGAAUUUGCCAGAAAUUGAUAUCAACGAUGAGCGCUUAUUGCACGUCAGCCGUCGUCGGCUCAAUCAGUUAAAGUGGUCCAUGGAGCAAAAAGAACGUCAACAGCAGACUGAAGUUGACGAAAGAGGUAACCCCGGAGUCAAUUCGCAAUGGCUGCCACUUGAUAAGCUCAGUGGAAACGGGUUAAGUGCAAUCCGAUACAAUGUUAUUGAUGCUGCGAUUCGAAAUGAAAGACAUGUAGAAAAUCCAAGGAUAUGGACGACAGUUGCUCGUGGUAUGGGAAACAUUGGAAUUCAUGUAGGGCCGCAGUUUCGCAAGCAAAGUGAAAGCAAAAGUGAUGAAAUAGAUGGUGGGGCGAUAAAUAACGGCCGCCGUCCAAUUAUUCACUGGGACAAUGACCGUGACUUUAGCACACAAAAUGCUGAGAUUAGAACAGGAACCGAUAUGUCGCGCCAACGUACCCGUCGCAGUAUUAAAAGCGGUGAGGUUGUGAACCGUCAACGUAACGUCGAGCAAGCACGUGGAGGAGAAUUGCUAUUGCAUAACCUUCAACAGUUAAUAGCUCGAAUCAAUCUGGAGCAGAUUUCUCUUGGUCUAAACGAAGCACUUCCCUCCCGCUUUAACAAACAACGUCUCACAAACGCUGCAGAUGAACGGUUCGCGCUGCGCUUAGACGAUAUGCGGCAGAACAACCGCCGCCAACGAAUAUUGCUCGAUAGAAUCAAUGAAGUUGAAAAGCGUCUAAAUUUGAUAAUAGAGCUGGAAAUCGCUCGCACCAUUGAAUCUAAGCGAGUGACAGCUGUUCGUAAUAACGGCGAUAUCGAUCACAUUAUUGGGAACGCCCUUAUGGGUAAAGGGGUCCUCGGCAAAGAUGUGAGCAUUUUGAACGUUUUGCGUGAGAUAAACUCCCAGACUGAGGACAUUAAUGGCGACAUUCAGAAAAUAGCUCUUGUUGCUAUGAAUAUAAGGAAUCCAAUUGUAUUACACUUAUUGCGUCGGAUAGUGCGCAUGGCUGAUUUACAACGCCAACAAGCGCUAGGCAGCUACCGCAAAGAAGAAAUUGAAAUGACUGGAGUUGCCAUCAAUGAUGUUAAAGUUGGCCGGUUACGGACCUAUGUUGACACCACCGAUGUGGAUCUCAUCAAUGCUCUCGAUGCGAAGCACACACUCACUUCCAAUCAGGGCCCAGCGAACUCUCAACGAAUGUUUGUUACACGUCAACAACGUCUGAACCACCAAACGUUCACCAUCAACGUUGAUGUUACCUCAGAUCGCAAUCAACGUGUAGUCGUGCGUACUCUUCUAGGGCCGAAGACUGGUGUCAAUGGUCUUGACUUAAAUGACCAACGUCAAGACUUUAUCUUGCUGGAUACUCAGUUAGUUGAUCUUCACAACGGGCACAACCAGAUUACACGCAAAUCCGGCGACAUCAACUGGACCUCACGCGAUACAACUCCAUUUACCGAAGUUUACAAGCGCGUCUUGCAGGCUCUCAAUGGUCAAAUGAAUAUAAUCUCAGAUCAGUUACAAGGACAAACUUGUCGCUUCCCUCACCGCCUACUGCUGCCACGCGGUAGCGUCAAUGGAUUGCCUAUGCAAAUGCUUACUGUUAUCACACCAGCGGAAAAUGGCGCGCCUACAAGACAAGCUCUUGAGAUGAGUAACAGAAUGUGCGGUUUUGGAUUAAGCAAUCUGAAUACGGACCGACAGCCACUUGGUUUUCCGUUGGAUCGCCCCUUGCAGGACAUGCAACAGAUUACAUUACUGCCCAAUGUGCAUUUAAUGGAUGUUCAGAUCUACCACGACAAUCAGUUAAAAACCCCAUAGCUUAAUGAAUGACUUAGAGAAUAUAUUGAACGUUAACGGUUGUAUCGACAUUGCCAAUUCCGAAAGCUGGAACCGAAUAUGCUCGAAAUGUGAUUAUACACAAAUACCUGCAUGUAUAUAAUA